AUCAUGUGGUGUAAAGAUGUUGGCAGACAUGUGGGGGUGAUCUGCUCCAUGUAGAAUAAAACAACUUUCUGUAAAAGACUGAUUUAAAGUAAGUGUCUUUACCAGGUCUAAUUGUGGUACUGUUCUAAUUGUGGGACUGCAGUGCAUCUGCAAAUUAUUGUUUGAUCUUAAACUAAUUUUUGUGAUUAAGGAUAUGUGUGAAUCAACCAAAGCCAAAAAAGUGACACUGUAGUGAUAUAUUAUAUGAUAAUAUGUAGAACAUAUUUACCACAUAUGUGCAGACAUUAUAUGUAUUGCAGAUGGUGAACUUAACAGACUGUCUGACUUCAUUUCCCUAACUAUUCACACAGUCACAUCCCUCCAGACAAGAGUCCCCUUUCAUCAGCACUUAGGUGACAUGACCUGUCUACACUCGCACACAAACACACACGAUUCCCAUCUAUUUGUCAGGGACUGUCCUUUGUCACGUCUGGCACAAAUGCAUCUUAUGCUAGACAGAAAAACAGCUGUGAGGGAAGUGCUUUUCGAUGUCUACUGAAAAAAACAAAAUCAAUAUGAUGCAGUUUAAAAGUCGUAUCUAUCAACACUUCUUCAUUAUUGGACUCCUCUUUGUAGUUCCUGAUAUAGCCAUUCCCAACAGACUAAAGACAAAGACAGACCCAUUAACAGAACAAAGGAAACCAGGGGUCUGUGCAUUAGAGCCGUCUAUGUCCUGCUGCUAUGGAUGGAGGAACGUUAAUGGUGUCUGCCAACCAAUAUGUAAAAAGCCCUGUGAGAAUGGAUUCUGUGUUGGGCCUGAUCGGUGCUCGUGCAUGAAGGGUUACAAGGGCAAAAACUGCAAUGAAGAUGUCAAUGAGUGUGGGCUACCUAUGAGGCCUUGUUCCCACAGCUGCAUGAACACUAUUGGCAGUUACCGUUGUUUCUGUAAUCGUGGAUACACGCUGGACACUGAUGGCAAAUCCUGCAUCAAGCAAUUGAACUGCACCUCCCUUCACUGUCAGUUUGGUUGCCAGAUUGAGAGAGAUGGUGAAAUGGGCUGUUUGUGUCCUCCAGGGCUCUACUUGGCUCCAGAUAACAGAACCUGCAAAGACACAAAUGAGUGUGAUGGUCUCUCCCACACCUGCACAGAGCGCCAGUCCUGCAGGAACACUUUUGGGAGUUUCAUUUGUGUCUGUAAGGACGGAUAUGUCUUGGGAACACUUCAGGAUGCAGUCACAUGUCGAGAUAAAGAUGAGUGUCUGACAGGCAACCAUCGCUGCAGCCACCAAGCCAGCUGUGUGAACACAGAAGGCUCGUACACUUGCCAGUGUGAUAAAGGCUACACUGGAGACGGCUUCAGAUGCUGGAAGAGGAGCAACAGACAACAGUCAUGGGCCGCUAUGUACUUCCAGUAUAAACGCUCCAAACAGAUGAGGCCAGUAUAAAACUGCAAUGUUGGGAUGGCUGUUCAUGUUUCAAACAUUAAGAAAAUAUCAGAAUAUGUGUCAUGAAAUAUGAGUCUUUGGCUUAGGUUUUAGAGUUGUAGUUCCUGAUGUCAGUACUUCUUAAUAAAAUACUGACCUCUGGUGGAAGGAUGUUUUUUAGCCCUUAACCAAGGGAUUUCAUGGAAUUCCUUUAUCUUGUAGAUCUUGGAUAUGUUCACUCAAGUUCUCUGAAUUCUAUAUUUAAGAGUACAUAGUGUGGAAAGACUGACUAACAUAAUUAAGGGAAACCGGAGUGCGCUGUAUCUCAGGUCUAGCUCUUGCUGUUACUGCGGUGGGAAUGGGCAGCUGCAUCCAGACUCUCUUACUCCAUUCACGUUCACCACAGCAGGUGUCACAUUGGACCUUCACAUAGAAACAGAGAGCACUCCAAACCCUAGAACUACUUACGGGACAGCCGAGAACAAAGGAACGAAACGGGGGAACGUACAGCCUCAUCGAAUAACUCAGACCACAAUGCCUGGAGAGGGGGGAAAAUUCCACAAACUCACCACAAGAAACGCGAUAAAACCUGCUCUUUUUCAUUCGAAGCUGUCAGAAAGCAUCUAUACAAAGGACACAAACAGAAACAUUUCAGAUAAAAGGUUCCAGGCCCCUUUUUAUGAAGCAGACCUCACACCAAGUUGUAUGUAAUUCCUACCAGAAACCGGUUUAUUUACCGAAAAAUACGAUUUAACGCCAAGCUUGGCACUACAAAUAAAAAGCAAACAAGUGGAGGAAGCUAAGAAAGGAAAGGAGGGAGUGAGAGUGAACCUGGGGAGAAAAGGAAACUCACACAGCAGUGGAAAGUUUCUCUCUGUCUUUCUAG